AGAAAAAGCAAAUGGCUGACUAAAUCUACGUUCUCAAAUUCCUAAUAAAAAGAAUCCGAUGUAAUUACAUGAAUUAUGCGCUCUUUAUGAUAAUGAUUAGCAAAAUAAGUCUGUAAAGAUUAGAAAGAACAUUGAUGACAAUAUAUUGGCAGCAGAAAGCUUGCCAAACUUGUACUAAUUGCUAAAUAAAACUUAGCCUUAUCACAAUUCAGUACAUUGCAAAAAUAUUAAAUUGUGUUUGUGUCGGACACACGCCCGUUUAACUUCCUGUUGAUGUAAUGUGAAGAAGCCAGCACCGGGCGGGCCCGCCGCCCCCGCAUCAUGGAGCGAAGCUACGAAAAACGGCACAGCAAGCACCACAAGGAGAAGCAUAAGAAACGCUUGCACAAGAAGUACAGGAUCCACGGUACACAUGAACAAUCUUACGCUACCGUCAACUCUGUCAAACCUCUAGUGGAGUAUUCCGAUGUGAGCUCCGAGGAGCUCUCGGCGCCGGAAGCCGGAGAAAUCGAGAGCGAAGCCAGCUCCAUCAGCCGGCACAUCGCAGACGACCUCGACCGCACGAGGAAGUCGCAUCCCAUCCGCACCUUUGUGGACAACAAGACGAUAUCCGUCACGACCUCGAGCCGCCGCGACGAUUACAUUCUCACGCAUGAUUCUUCUUCGGCAGCGUCGAGGAAGCGCCGGGGGCUCGAAUAUGUAGAGGAGCCGGAGUUCGACGAGCAAAGAUAUAAGAAGAAGAAAGAGAAACGGAAGAAGGAUAAAAAAAAGAAAAAAAAGAAGUCGAGGCACCACUCACGGUCGGCGAGUCUCGAGAGCGUGUCUCCCGAUGACAACGUGCCUACGGAAACGCCGGCCCGGGCCCAGAGCCCGCCUCGGUACGAAAAAGUGCCGGUCAGUGAGUGGGAGAAGGCCUCGUCUCCUCUCCGGAACGGGUCAUGUUCGCCCGUCUCGCCUUCCACACCGCCGCUGAUGCGACAUGAAGUGUCGCCGCGACAUCGCGAGCUCUCGCCACGACAUCGCGAGCUCUCGCCACGACACCGCGAGUUGUCGCCACGACAUCGCGUGCCGAUGCUUCGUGAGGCGUCGCUGCAUCAUGCGAAUCCGUUCUCCCCUCAUCGGGAUAGAUCUCCAAUAGUUAGGCGAAGACAGAAGUCGACGACCCCACACACACCGUCCGCGCCUCCGUACCAUGAUACCGUCACGAUCGACUCAGACGAGCCCGAAUAUGAACGCGUGCGACGCGACUAUUGGCCAGACCAUAGAGUGCAGUCGCCUAUCAUGGUACCAGGUCUCCCCCGGAAACCGAUUUCGAUAUAUCGGCUUUAUCCGUCUCCCCCACCCGUGCCGGCGUCGCAGGCAGACUCCCCAAUCCACGAGGCGGUCCGCGGUCGCGAAUACAGUCCCCGGCGCGGCCACCGCCGCCGCAGCCGGUCCCGCCGCCACCGCAGCCGCGACCGCGAACGCCACCGCGAAGCAGCACGCCAACCGCCCAGGUCCCCAAGCCGGAGCUCACUAAAGCGGCGGCGCUCGGCGUCCCGCGGUCGCCGGCGGGGCUCCACGGCGUCGCCGCCGCGCCACCGCCCGAGGCACCGCGAGGCGGAGCGGGAGCGACACAGCAGAAGUAAGCACGAGUCGCCGAGUCCGCCGUCCACGUUCCUACAGCGCCGGAUAGACUUCAAGGAGAAGAUCAGCGAUACAAGUCUCUUCGCAGAACUAGUCAAGGACAAGCACAAGAGAGCCAAGAAACUGCAAGAGAUCCUAAAUCAGAAAGAAGAGGAGUCGCAGAGCGCAAUGUCUUCCACGUCCAUCAACAACCCAGAGAUACUCACAAUCGACGAGCUGUCCAACGCCACUGCGGACAGUUCAACACAGUUUGUGCAACAGGCGUCCAAAGAGAACGGCGACAGCGGCAAGGAGGGCAGCACCAAAGACAACCAGGACGUGGUGGACAUUCCCAUGCCGGUGCCGCCGCCCGACGACCCGCCACAAGCCAACGGCCAGCCGCCGGAGCCCGCUCCCGUCGAGAAACAGCCCACAACGCCGCCGCCGCCUGCGACUGUCCCGCCCAACCCGCCGCUGCCCAAGGCGGGCGGCAGCGUGGUGGACACCGUGUACAACCAGAACAGCCAGCCGCCGCCGCCCAAGCCUAAAAGCCUCACCAAGCUGCCCAUGCCGCCUAACACUCAGGUCGAAGAUCUGAAAACGCUUGCGAACGAGAGUCCGCUGAGCACGCCUUCCCCUAGUCCAGUUAAGAAACAAGACAGUAAACCUAAGAAGAGUAAUAUCAUGAACUUACCCAUGCCACCUGUGAUACCCGGCUCGGAGGAGCUGAGCGGCGACGAGCUGGACGGCUCGACGCCGCCGCCCGCGCGUCGUGACCAAUACUCGCACGUGUUCUCCAGGAAGCCCCGGGACGCUAACGCGGGCUGCAAGCUGAAGCGGCCGCGCAUCCUCAAGCGGCGCGGCUCCAAAGUGGUGGCGGUGGCCACGCCUACGCACCACGCAAAAGACUGGGGCGAGAAGUGCGUCGACGGCUUCCAGGUGAUAACCCAAAUCGGCGAGGGCACAUACGGGCAGGUGUACAAAGCCAAAGACAAGAACACGGGCUCGUUGGUCGCGCUCAAGAAAGUCCGUCUCGAGAACGAAAAGGAAGGCUUCCCCAUCACCGCAGUCAGAGAGAUCAAGAUCUUGAGACAGCUCAACCACAAAAACAUAGUGAAUUUGAGAGAGAUAGUCACGGACAAACAAGACGCGAUGGACUUUAGGAAGGACAAGGGCUCAUUCUACCUAGUAUUCGAGUACAUGGACCAUGAUCUGAUGGGACUUCUGGAGUCCAAAAUGGUGGACUUCACGGAGUCGCACAAUGCAUCCAUUAUGCGACAACUGCUGGACGGAUUAGCCUACUGCCACCGGAAGAACUUCCUUCAUAGAGACAUCAAGUGCAGCAACAUACUUAUGAACAACAAAGGCGAAGUGAAGCUCGGUGACUUCGGUCUAGCGAGACUCUGGUCGGCGGAGGACCGCGCGCGGCCCUACACCAACAAAGUCAUCACCUUGUGGUACCGGCCACCGGAGCUAUUGCUAGGCGAAGAGCGCUACGGGCCUGCAGUUGAUGUUUGGUCCAUGGGCUGCAUAUUGGGUGAACUGUUCCUGAAGCACCCGCUGUUCCAGGCGAACGUCGAAAUGAUGCAGCUGGAAAUGAUCUCCCGGGUCUGCGGGACACCAGCACCAGGCGUGUGGCCCAACGUGGUCAACCUGCCUCUAUGGGGCACGCUACGACCCAAGCGUUUCCACCGGCGCUGCGUUCGCGAGCAAUUCGCCUUCAUGCCUCCGCACGCGCUUACGCUCCUCGACCGAAUGCUCGAGCUCGAUCCUGAGCGUCGUAUUACCGCUGAGGACGCGCUCAAGAGCCCGUGGCUGAAGAACGUCGUGCCUGACCAGAUGGGCGCGCCGUCUCUCCCAACAUGGCAAGACUGCCACGAGCUGUGGUCGAAACAGCGGCGGCGGCAGCAGCGCGAACAGGAGGCGCGGCGUGGCGCUGACGAUGAUAAGGAGCCCUACCGCGAGCGCGCCGACGAGCCGCUGCCCGUCAAGUAGCGCACGCCCCGCGCACGCCCCGCCUACGCCCCGCCUACUCCCCGCGAACGCCCCGCUGUGAGUGACCGCGGCUUUGUGUACUACUAACGCGAUCCUGGUGAUUGAGUUCUUGGUGCUACUCCACUGGCCUAGGAAAGAGCGUCGUGACUGGCGGUUGCUAUUCCAAAGCGAUUAGUCCUAUUUUGUACACAGUGUCCACAAUAUUACAUGUUUACAUCGCGUGAGAACGCACGUUUAUAUUUUGUUUUAUUCGGUUGUCAACGCUCAUUUGUCGAGUUUUUUCCUACAUUAAUAUUUAUACCAUUUUUGGUCCCUGACCACACAUUAACGUCGGUUAAGAUGAUUCUCUGGGUUUUCGAUUUGGAAUAGACAACCACAGUGAUCCUACGCCAAUGUUCCUCAUCUGAACUUUUCGUAAGCGAUGUUGUAAUUGCAGUUAUGCUGUUUAUGGUCAGUGUCACAAGAAACUCUACGGGGUACCGGCCAUAGACAAGAAGUCUAGUAGCCCCAGCUGUGCUGUGGACUCCGUGAGCGGCAUAGAUUGUCUCUGGUCAGAUGGUUACUUGUCAAAUUGCAGUAGUACACAAUGUAUUCGUUUAGAGAUGUUUUCCGGGCGCUUGUAAUCAUAUUUUGUUGUAAAUAUUGUUGAAAAUAAUAUAACAUUUCGGGAAAUCUAGUCUUUUAAUUUAACAUAGUAAGAGAUCUAUGAGAGAUGAGGUUUUGGUGCCUAUGAAAUAUAUAAAAUCGUACUGUAUCUAACAUAUCGACAUUAUGAAGUAUAAAAUUGGUAUCAGUCACCAA